GAGAAGACCAUGGAGGGGGACGCCGAGGGCGUGUGGAGCCCGGACAUCGAGCAGAGCUUCCAGGAGGCCCUCGCCAUCUACCCUCCCUGUGGCAGGAGGAAAAUCAUCCUGUCAGACGAGGGAAAGAUGUAUGGUCGCAAUGAAUUGAUAGCAAGGUACAUCAAGCUGAGGACAGGCAAAACCCGCACAAGAAAACAGGUUUCUAGCCACUUGCAGGUUCUCGCCCGGAGAAAAUCUCGCGAGAUCCAGUCAAAGCUAAAGGCGAUGAAUUUGGAUCAGGCAUCUAAAGACAAAGCCCUGCAGAACAUGGCAGCACUGUCGUCUGCACAGAUCGUCUCACCGAGUAUGAUAAAGAACCACCUUCCGCCGCUGCCUCCUGCCCCCUACCAACAGCACAGAUUCUGGCCUGGUCCCAUCCCAGGACAGCCGGGACCCUCUCAGGAGCUGGUUCUAGAUCUCAACCCGGGAAGGCCUCCUGGGCUUGGCCGCUCCAGCCAUUCUAUCAAAACUUUUGCACAGCCGCCGUACCCAAGCCUAUCAGGUCCUUUACCACAGUCCAUACCAAGUGUGGGCGUGUGUGUGGGUGGUUCAGGUUAUGAGUCCUUGGCGCCUCCUCCUGCACCAUCUGCCACAGCAGUGCCAGUGUGGCAGGACCGGACCAUCGCCUCCUCUAAGCUGCGGAUGCUGGAGUACUCGGCCUUCAUGGAGGUUCAGAGAGACCCAGACAACUACAGCAAACAUCUGUUUGUCCACAUUGGACAGACCAACCCGUCGUACAGCGACCCGCUGCUCGAGGCGGUGGACAUCCGGCAGAUCUACGACAAGUUCCCUGAGAAGAAGGGCGGGCUCAAAGAGCUUUAUGAGAAAGGCCCUCAGAACGCUUUCUUCCUAGUUAAAUUCUGGGCGGACCUGAACAGCAGCGGCAUGCAGGACGGCCCCGGCUCUUUCUACGGUGUCAGCAGCCAGUACAGCAGCAUUGAGAACAUGACGAUCACCGUUUCAACCAAAGUCUGCUCGUUCGGCAAGCAGGUUGUCGAGAAAGUAGAGACAGAGUACGCCCGUCUGGAAGGAGGAAAGUGUGUUUACAGGAUCCACCGCUCUCCGAUGUGCGAGUACAUGAUCAACUUCAUCCACAAACUCAAACACUUGCCUGAAAAAUACAUGAUGAACAGUGUUCUUGAAAACUUCACCAUCCUGCAGGUGGUGACGAACCGUGACACCCAGGAGACCCUGCUCUGUAUAGCGUUUGUGUUUGAGGUUUCCACGAGCGAACACGGAGCUCAGUACCACGUCUACAGACUUGUCAAAGACUAACAGCUCUUUCAGGGAGGUUUGGGGAAAAGCCAGACACAAAGCGUGACACAAUCUCUCUUCGACCAGCUCAACCAUCCAGGAAAAAAACCAGAAGAAAACAUUCAAACGAUGAUAGACCGAACUAACAAGGACAGAUUCAUUCACGAGGAAACAAAAGAGUGAUACUCAACGUGCCGACGCGCAAAGAAAUUUUUUGAAGAAUUACGGAUUUUUCGAACAACUAUAGCUAUUUUUUCCAUGUGUUCAAACAUGCUUUAGAUGAAGUGGGUCACUUUUGCCAAGGUAACUGAUGGAGCUCGAAAUGUUUUUAUUGAGGGAGCGAGAAUGUGUUUUGUGGGCGGAGAAGAACCCUGAUGUUUUCCGAGGGAAUACACUCUGAGCAAUAAUGGAGUGUGUGUGUGCCAGAAUGAAAAGGUCGAGACAACAGAACCACAGAAGGGGGAAAUCCAGAGCCAAGUGAUGUUGUUGCCGUAGGAAAGCAAGCAAGUGCCUUUUCUCCAAAGAUAUCAUUGCCUGCCACUUUGAAUUGCCUUUUAUUACUACCUCUUGUUUUUAAAUGAACAGAAAAUAGUCAUACAGGUGUAUUUUGUCAAAAAAAAAGAAAAAAAUUGGAAAUAGGAUGUCCGGAGAAUUUGAUCCGGACUUUCUCCGGAGGUUUCCUUUCACAGACGAACAACGCAGCAGGAGAUUCUCCGCUGAGAGACAACACAGAAAUCUCCGGAGCGUUCAGGUGAGGGCUGGUGCUGCAGGCCAGAGGCAGGUAGUAACGUAUUAAUUCCGCUGUGGAGAUCUCUAGUUUUUGUUUACAGCCCAUCGACACCGGCGUCGGCCCCUCGUCACCAAAAGCUCUUUUGACAUUGUAGUCGGUGUCUUCUACGUGUACGGCUUCGCUU